UGACAAAGAAAGUUCAAUGUGUCAUCAAAGUACAUUGUGUCUUUUCUUUCUUUCUUCUUCUUCUUCAAGCAUUUCUUGAACACCUUUGGGAUAAAAAUGCCAACCAUUGCCUUCGGACGAAUCGAUGAUUCAUUAAGCGUUGGCUCUUUGAAGGCCUAUUUAGCCGAAUUCAUCUCGACUUUGCUCUUCGUCUUCGCUGGAGUCGGCUCAGCCAUUGCUUACAACAAGUUGACAUAUGAUGCGGCUCUCGACCCAGCGGGGCUGGUAGCGGUGGCGGUCUGCCACGGAUUUGCUCUGUUUGUGGCGGUUUCGAUCGGAGCCAACAUCUCCGGUGGCCAUGUAAACCCUGCAGUCACCUUUGGUUUGGCUGUUGGUGGCCAAAUUACAAUUCUCACUGGCCUCUUCUAUUGGAUUGCUCAACUUUUGGGCUCCAUUGUAGCAUGCUUCUUGCUCAAAUUUGUCACAGGUGGCUUGGCCAUUCCAACUCACAGUAUGGCAGCUGGUGUUGGAGCCAUUGAAGGAGUUGUGAUGGAAAUUGUUAUCACUUUUGCUUUGGUGUACACAGUUUAUGCCACAGCAGUUGACCCAAAGAAGGGCUCAUUAGGCACAAUUGCCCCCAUUGCCAUUGGCUUCAUUGUUGGGGCCAACAUUUUGGCCGCCGGCCCAUUCUCCGGUGGCUCAAUGAACCCGGCUAGGUCCUUCGGUCCGGCUGUGGCCAGCGGUGACUUUGCCGACAACUGGAUUUACUGGGUCGGUCCACUCAUCGGUGGUGGUCUGGCUGGACUCGUCUAUGCCUAUGUGUUCAUGGUCCACGAACACGUUCCUCUUGUUAGCGAGUUCUAAAUUGUCUUUCGUUUUGCAAUUUUCGAAUCAAAUUUCGAAAUCCUUUUUACUUAUUCUGUGGCGGUAAUAAAGGUGAGGAAAGAAAGUUUUUACUUCUCUUUCCUUUUUCCUUUUUCAGUUUGGUAGUAUAUCCAUUUUCUGGUGUAGUAUUGCUCUCCGAAAGGUUUGAAUUUAUUAAAAGAUUUGUCAAUUGAUGCUUUUGGUA